UCCAACGUCAAUCUGACAAAUAUGAAAUAUGAACAAGAACUUUUGGCUAAAUAAACAAUAUUUUUGUAAAAAUUAUCCUUUAAAAACGGUUUCUAAUUAAUUUUAAUUAAAGUUCGAUAUUUGUACAACGUAUAGUAAUGUAUUUAAACAGUGUCUGUGUGGUAAAUAGUGCGCAAUUUAUGUUGAAAUAACAAGUUACACGUCACUUAAAAAUGAGCCUCCCUUCAAUGGAUUUGAGGGGUAUUUUAUGUUGAUUAAUAAUAUCUUUGUAAACGAUGCAAUCAAAUAGUAAAACGAGAGAGAUGUUCAUAUUAAGAGCUUUAGAAAAGAUUCUUAAUGAUAAGGAAAUUAAAAGAUCAUAUCAUUCCCAACUGAAAAGAGCAUGCGAAGCUGCUUUAGAGGAACUUAAAAAUGAAACCAAAAACGAAUCUUCUCCUGACGAUGAACAACCAGAUAAAAUAUCGGAUGUCUUACCAUUACCUAAAAGUGGUGACGCUAAUGUGCUUACCACUGAAAAAUAUUUCCUUCCCUUUGAGUUAGCUUGUCAAAGCAAAUCGGCCAGAAUUGUUACCACAGCUUUAGAUUGUUUACAAAAAUUAAUUGCUUACGGUCAUUUAACUGCUAACGUACCAGAUUCCACUACCCCAGGAAAGCUUCUUAUAGAUCGAAUUGUGGAGACUAUUUGUUCAUGUUUUACUGGACCACAAACUGAUGAAGGUGUUCAAUUACAGAUAAUAAAAGCACUACUUACCGUAGUUACUAGUCAGCAUGUUGAAGUGCACGAAGGUACAGUGUUAUUGGCUGUGAGAACUUGCUAUAAUAUAUUUCUUGCUAGUAAGAAUCUGAUAAAUCAAACUACAGCUCGAGCCACUUUGACUCAAAUGCUAAAUGUCAUCUUUACACGAAUGGAGAAUCAGGCUUUAGAAGCCGAAGUUCAUGCGGAAUUACAUGCAAGUGAUAAAUUAGGUCUAGCAAAUGGUGAGGCAAAAUUUGCCAAAGAUGAGCAUGGAAAUGUAUUGGUGAAUGGAGAUGCUGAAGGAAAAAGUGAAUCAAAACUUGAAUUUACUGAGAGUGAAAAAACGGCAGUAGAGAUUUUGGAUAAUAUUAUCGAUGGGGUGGUGUUAGAAGUGGAUAACAAAAUUGCUAUGGCCGUUUCUACUUCUUCAAUUAAUUCUGUAGAAGAAACAGACAGUAAAAGUGUGUCUUCUUCUAUAACAAGGAUUCCUUCACAAGAAAGCUUAAAUACAAAUAGCGAAAACGACUCUGCAGUAACAGCAAAGUUCACACAUAUUCUUCAAAAAGAUGCCUUUUUAGUAUUUAGGGCUUUGUGCAAGCUGUCAAUGAAGCCAUUACCGGAGGGUACACCAGAUCCAAAAUCGCACGAGCUAAGAUCAAAAAUUCUCUCAUUACAACUUCUCCUGUCCAUUUUACAGAACGCUGGGCCAGUUUUCCGAGCAAACGAGAUGUUUAUAAUUGCGAUAAAACAGUAUUUGUGUGUGGCAUUAUCGAAAAACGGAGUCAGCUCUAUCCCAAAAGUUUUCGAACUCUCCUUGGCCAUAUUUUUAGCGCUUUUGUCCAACUUCAAAUUGCAUCUUAAGAUGCAGAUUGAAGUGUUUUUCAAAGAGAUAUUUCUGAAUAUUCUGGAAACGUCUAACUCGUCGUUUGAGCAUAAAUGGAUGGUGAUUCAAGCCCUGACUAAAAUAUGCAGUGAUGCUCAGUCAGUUGUAGAUAUUUAUGUGAAUUAUGAUUGUGAUCUGGCCGCAGCAAAUUUAUUUGAACGUCUAGUCAAUGAUUUGUUCAAAGUUGCACAAGGCCGACACGCUCAAGAGCUUGGUGCUUCACCCAACCAAGAAAGGACAAUGAAACUGAGAGGUUUGGAAUGUCUAGUUUCUAUCCUAAAAUGCAUGGUGGAAUGGAGUAAAGAUCUGUACGUGAAUCCUAACUUGCAGAGUACGGUUGGCGAACCUCAGGACCACAAAGAAAAGGACACGGCGUCCUUGAAAAGUCACAGUGGCAGCAUAGAGAGCUUAAAUUCUAGUGAAAGUGGGAAUAAGGAAGUUUUAGAUUCGCCUGAACAAUUAGAAGUAUUGAAACAACAAAAAGAGGUAUGGGAAACUGGUAUCGACACUUUUAACAGAAAACCAAAGAAGGGCAUUGGUUAUCUUCAAGAGCAUGGUUUACUGGGAGGUACUCAAGAGGAAGUGGCCAAAUUCCUGCACAGCGAAGAGCGGCUGGACAAGACGAACAUCGGAGAUUUUCUGGGUGACAACGAUGAUUUCUGCAAGGAAGUCAUGUACACUUAUGUUGAUCAGAUGGAGUUUACCAACAUGGACUUUGUGGCGGCGUUGAGGCAUUUUCUCGAUGGGUUUAGGUUGCCCGGCGAAGCACAGAAAAUUGACAGGUUAAUGGAAAAAUUUGCAAGUAGAUAUUGCGAGUGCAACCCCAACAACGGUCUAUUCUCCAGCGCCGACACGGCCUACGUAUUAGGAUUCUCCAUAAUAAUGCUCACCACAGAUCUCCACUCGCCCCAAGUCAAAAACAAAAUGACGAAAGAACAGUACAUCAAACUGAACCGGGGAAACACCGACUGCAAGGAAGUCCCCGAAGAAUAUUUAUCUCAAAUAUACGACGAAAUAGCUGGACACGAAAUCAAAAUGAAAAACACCGUUAACAAACCAGGGAAGCAUCAAAUCAACAGCGAAAAAAGACGGAAAAUCUUGUUUAACAUGGAAAUGGAAGCUAUAUCUACAGCUGCUAAAAAUUUGAUGGAGUCAGUAUCUCACGUCCAAACGCCUUUCACAUUGGCAAAACACUUAGAACAUGUCAGACCCAUGUUUAAAAUGGCUUGGACGUCUUUCUUGGCUGCUUUCAGUGUGGGUCUUCAGGAUUGUGACGACCCAGAAGUAGCUUCGUUGUGCUUGGACGGAAUCAGAUGUGCCAUAAGGAUAGCUUGCAUUUUCCAUAUGACUUUGGAAAGAGACGCUUACGUUCAAGCCCUCGCAAGGUUUACUUUAUUAACAGCCAACUCACCCAUCAUGGAUAUGAAAGCCAAAAACAUUGACACGAUUAAAACGUUGAUAAUGGUCGCUCACACCGACGGGAACUACUUAGGAUCGUCCUGGUUGGAUAUUCUGAAGUGUAUUUCACAGUUGGAACUGGCCCAGCUUAUUGGAACAGGUGUACGUCCAGAAUUCCUUUCGGGUCCCGGUCAUAAACCUCCUGAUCCUAGCUACAAGGAGCAUAUCGGCCAAACAAGCUCCCAAAGUGUUGUGGUAGCCGUUGACAGAAUUUUUACUGGCUCUACUCGACUCGACGGAGAUGCUAUAGUGGAUUUUGUCAAGGCACUGUGUCAAGUUUCCUUGGACGAACUAGCCCAUCCCGGACAUCCCAGAAUGUUUUCGUUACAAAAGAUCGUCGAAAUCUCUUACUACAAUAUGGGAAGAAUUCGUUUACAGUGGUCCAGGAUCUGGCAAGUUCUCGGAGAACAUUUCAAUACCGUCGGUUGUAGCAAGAACGAGGAAGUGUGUUUCUUUGCGGUUGACAGUUUGAGACAGCUUUCUAUGAAGUUCAUAGAGAAAGGUGAAUUUUCGAAUUUCCGAUUCCAGAAAGAUUUUCUCCGUCCUUUCGAACAUAUCAUGAAGAAAAACGUAUCGCCGACUAUAAGGGAUAUGGUCGUGCGAUGCGUAGCUCAGAUGGUCAAUUCGCAAGCGAGCAAUAUUAAAUCCGGUUGGAAGAAUAUUUUUUCGGUAUUCCACUUAGCUGCAGGAGACCAGGAGGAAGCUAUCGUCGAACUUGCUUUCCAGACUUCCGGUAAAAUAAUCACCGAACUAUAUGAAAGACAGUUUCCGGCUAUGAUAGACUCAUUCCAAGACGCCGUCAAGUGUCUUUCUGAGUUUGCCUGUAACGCCAGGUUUCCUGACACUUCCAUGGAGGCUAUACGGUUGGUGCGAUCGUGCGCGUGUAGCGUGGCAACGGCACCGAACCUUUUUGCCGAACAUGGUGGAAUGGAGACAGAUGUCGCUAUAACCGAGGAUGACAGAGUGUGGGUCCGAGGCUGGUUUCCGCUACUCUUCUCUUUAUCCUGUGUAGUGAACAGAUGCAAGCUUGACGUUAGAACACGGGCUCUAACGGUACUGUUCGAGAUAAUUAAGACUUACGGUGACACUUUCAAGCCGCACUGGUGGAAAGAUCUGUUUAAAAUCUUGUUCAGGAUUUUUGAUAAUAUGAAGUUACCGGAGAAACAUACAGAGAAAGCUGAAUGGAUGACAACUACGUGUAAUCACGCCUUAUACGCGAUUGUCGAUGUGUUUACUCAGUACUUUGACGUAUUGGGGCCUUUGCUUCUUGAAGAGUUAUACGCCCAACUGCAUUGGUGCGUGCAACAAGACAACGAACAACUAGCUAAAUCAGGAACAAAUUGUUUAGAAAACCUAGUUAACUCGAACGGGCAUAAAUUUACCGAAACUACCUGGGAGAAAACUUGUCAGUGCAUGUUGGAUAUCUUCAAUUCGACCAUACCUUCGGCCCUACUGACUUGGAAGCCGGAUUCGAUGAAAACGACGGCGAUCAUUGAACACAACGGGGAUGUUAACGUGAAAGGUAUACUGAAACGAUCGGUGAGCUUCGCCGAUCAACAGGCUCCGAACGCGGAGGUGGCGUUGUUUUACAGUUUGGAGAUUAAGAGCGUGGUGCAAUUGGAGUUGAUUCAGACCAUAGAUAACAUCGUCUUUUACCCGGCGACUUCGCGGAAGGAGGACGCUGAAACGUUGGCUUUGGCGGCGGCGGAUAUGACGGGCAGCGGGAAUUUGACGGAGUUCCAGAGGGAAGAGCAAGGGAUGUACCGGUUGCUGAAGUCAUCACAUUUGCUUAAGUUGACAGACUGUCUACUGCAAUCACACAGAUUCGCCAAAAAUUUCAACGUCAAUCACGAACAACGAAACCUAUUGUGGAAAGCCGGAUACAGAGGUUCGGUGAAACCUAACCUCCUAAAGCAGGAAACGCAAAGUUUGGCCUGUUUGCUUAGGAUCCUGUUCAAAAUGUACUGCGACGAGGGCAGGAGACGCGAUUGGGAUAUUAUAGAGACGAAACUGAUUGCGGUGUGCCAGGAGGGUUUCGAUUACUUCUUGCAGUUGCAGAGCGAGACCCACAGGGAGGCUUGGACGUCUUUACUCCUAUUAGUAUUAACUAGGAUGCUUAAAAUGCCUGACAGCAGGUUUGCAGUACACGUAUCCCGGUACUACCCCCACUUGUGCGAAAUCGUCUGUUUCGACCUGAAAGCCGAACUUCGAUCGAUUCUCCGACGGGUUUUCCUACGAAUAGGACCAGUGUUUCAUAUAACCUCCACUUAGCUUAACUUUGACCUAACUCUAUUUCAGUGUCUUUAUCUUCUUUGAGUAGUUUAAAAGAAUAGUUCGUAGACGAUUCGUGAAAGUAACGACGAUAUGAUUGCGAUUAGAUGAUGGUAUUUUA